AUGGAUCCUCCCGGCAUUUUGCCCCUCUAUAUGAAAGGCAGAAAACUGGUCGAAAGGUUCAACUGGGACCAGCGAGAGCGAGACCUUCGGCAAGCGAUCAACACGAUCGCGGUCAGGCUCGGAGAGCUGCAUAAAGAAGACGUGCAAAAUAGGCAGACGAAAUUCAUCAACGAAGAGAGACAAAAGCGUCGGCUUCUCGUCACUGACACUCGCUUCCCAUGUUGCACAAAGGAGCGGCCACCUGGUGCAGCUGUUGUACAGGGAGCCUCGCACGGCAUGAAACCUCUUCCCGGGCCGUGGCAGUGCUGUCUCUCGGCAUCGUCUCGUCGUUCGACAGGAGGGGCUGAGUCAACUUCAUCGGGGAUUCGGACACAAACGGUGAAAUACGGCGAGGCGCCGUCUAGUCUUGCGAGCACCGGGUCAAGAUCAAGCCACAGUCAGCGCAUUAAGACAGCAGAUGGACGAAGGAAGCGUAUGCUUGUACCCCUGCCUACCCGUCACAGCCGCUGCGUGUCACGGCGAUCCAGCUCCUCGAACGAAUCACCGGAACGGCCUAGACGGUUAUGCCUGGUCGACGAAACUAGCGGCAACUCACGUGAAUAUCCCAUGUAUAACGAUGACGAUCUGGAUCAUAGCUCCUUGCUUAGAGGGAACAAAACGGUCGCAUCGUAUCUCGCACGGACUGUCGCUCUCGUAGACCGCGUACUAGAGCGAGACCAGAGUGCGAGAAUAGAACAAUUCCGAAAGAAAUUCUGUUGUCCUUAA